AUUCAGAUGAAGUCUUUUUACCACUCCAACAAUGUCAUGAGGUAGCCCAUUCUACCAGCAUUCAAUAAUGGGAAUUCAGAAUUCAAAGAAGAAGAAGGAGAAAAAAUGGAAGAAAUAUACAGAUAUUGGUCCUUCUCCAGGACUUACCUAUGAUGGUCUACAGACACCUUGGCAUCACCUACAGGGCAUGAAAGGACUGCCAACAAGGUCUAUAGUCAAUAGCCCCAAAUAUUAUUAUAGUGACUUUAAUGUUGCAAUGAAUACACCAAACACCAUGCCACCAAUGAACACCAAAUGCAGUGCUCCUCCCUCUGUGUACAGAGGAGGUGCUGGCUCCUGGCCACCAUCAUUAGGGGAGCUCAGCUCCGACAACUACCUUAAGAUAAAUCUUGACAAUCAUCCUGAUGUAACUAAGUUACAGAAUGAGCAAAAUGCUCGUCGGGAAAAUAUGGAGCAGAGAAUCAACAAGAUUCGAACCAGUGCCAUCCAAGCUGCUGAGAGACGCAAAUUUGCUGAAAUGUUCAAAGCUGUGCCAAAAGAAACACAAACCAGUGCAUGCACACCACACCAUGCUACAUCACACCUUCUACAAGAGACAAGCUUAGCAUUAAGCAACUUGUCAACAAAUCCAUCACCCAAUCCUGUGAGAAGCAUCAACAGUAACAACAGCAGCAACAAGAGUGCAAGAGGUUCUGGCUGUCGAAUAUUCUCAUCUAGAUCAAAAAUAUCAGCAGCAUCUCAUCACAUGGACAAUGAUGAUGAUGACAAAGGGGAAAUAAUUCCUGUACAAAUUCUCAGUGAAGGCCAGAAACCUCCCCUGAACAAAGAUCAGAUUACUUUUGGAUCAUUAAGAUUCAGUGAGUAG